UUGUAAACGGGCUAUAGUAGCGUACACGACGCGGCGUUGCCACGUCGCUCCUCCGUACCGACGCAAUAACAAAAACAACGACCUUUUAUACUCAAAACAUGAAAUAAAAGUAAUUUUACUUUCAAAUUAUUACGUGCAUAUUCACUGUGUGUUAAAUUAACUGUGAUAUUAUACUUAUAAUUAUUGAUAGAAUGGAUGAAGAAAAGUUAAUUGCUUUAGUGCGACAUUUCGUAUUUUUAUACGACACGUCACAUCCAAAAUACAUGGAUAGCAUGAAGAAAGAUGCUGCGUGGAACGAGAUAUCGCAGUUACUAAAUCAACCAGCUUCCGCGUGCAAACACAAAUGGCAAGGCUUAAGAGACGCAUACAGAAGAGCCAUAAAUAAAAGGAAACAGCGUAUAAGUGAACAGCCGUCCGUGAAAAUUAAGAAAUGGAAAUACGAAGACGAAAUUUCAUAUCUAAAUAAAUAUUUAUCUGAAAAGAAAAAAAUGGUCCAAAACGACAAUGAAGGAGAUCAGAACGAUGAAAAUAUUUCGAACCCAGAUGUUGAAGAUAGUUAUAAGAAUGAGAGGGACGAAAUUGAACAGGUGGAAAACUUAGAACAAUAUAUUGUCGCAAUGGACCCAGCUAAUUUUGCUCAUUCUCAAAUAGAUACAUCAACUGUCACAAUAACAAAGAAUCCCCAAAAGUGGGUCAACUCACAAGCGAACCCGUCUUCGUAUGUAGCAACAAAUUAUUCAGAUGAUGUCAUUAAAGAAUACAAAGAAACCGAAAUCGCUCAUGACCAAAUGGAUUUAUUCUUUCUGAGCUUAUCGAAUACAGUUAAGAGUUUCUCACCAUACCUACAAGCGAUAGCGAAGAACAAAAUAUUUAACUUGGUAUCCGAAUUGGAAAUACAACAACUGACUCCUGCCAAAAGCAACACUGUUCCUCGAACGUCAACAAGACCGCAAACUGCUAAUUGGUCUACACAACAGGGGCAAAACUCAUCGCAAGUUUGCGUCAAAAUUGAAAACGCCCAUGUUGAUUGAAUAAGACAUUUUUUAAAAG